AUGACUCUCAAUGAAAGUGAUACGGCUGGUAGCCACAAUCGUUUCAAUGGUGCCUCCAUUGCCCAGCCUGAUGAGAUAGGUCCCCCUCGCUUGGGGGUGGCGACCAACAAAUGUAUAGAAAGAGAACCGGAAUUGCAGCAAGAACAGCAGCAUCAGCUCAAGUACUGGAUGGAGCAUUUGAUUUCGAGCCGUCCUGCAGAGUUCAUAUGCGAUAUGCCACGCCCUAACAUUUUGUCCGGCCAAGUUGAUCAAGAAAGUUUGCAGAUCAAAGGCCCAUUAUAUGAUAAAAUACACCAAUACUGCGAAUCUCGCGGCGUUACUGCUUUUGUCGUACUAUUAGCGGCUUUCAGGGCUGCUCACUACCGACUGACAGGGGCAGAAGACGCUACAAUUGGCGUUCCCAAUGAGAGCCACUGGAUUGAGGAAUCGAGAAAUGUGGCAGAUGUUCUGAACAAAUUUCAAUGUUUUCGUCUCAUUAUUGAUAAUGAAACCUUUGAGGAUCUAAUAGAUCAAAUUAAGGCCACGGCUGCUACUAUGAAAGCUAACAGAGAUGUCUCGGUUGAGAAGCUCGCUGCGCUUUUGGAUCAUGGAAGAGAUUUUUCCCUCCAGCCGCUCAUACGAGUCGCAUUUUCAUUCCAUUCUCAAGAUAUCCACCCGCCAAAGACUUCCAUGAAUUAUGAUACAGAUCUAAGCUUUCAAAUAUUUGACACUCAUAACACUUUGAAGUGCUGUGUUGCAUUUUCAAAGGAUCUCUACGAAAAGAGGACAGUGAACAAUAUUCUCACCAUUUUUCAGAAGGUAAUUGAGGGUGGCUUACAUGAACCAACGGCACCUAUCAAAACGAUAAACCUUCUGAAAUCUGAAAACUUCAAUACACUUGACAAGAUGGGGUUGCUUCGAGUCGAAAGAACUGAUUACCCUCGCGAACUGAGUGUGGUAGAUGUCUUUCAGCAGCAGGUCACCGCCACCCCUACUCGGACAGCGAUUAAAGACCGCUCUGGCUCUGUAACAUAUACUCAGUUGGAUGAAAGAUCAAACAAAAUUGCCUCUUGGCUCUUGGGACAAUCCUUGGCACCAGAAACGCUGAUUGGUGUUCUGUCAUCAAGAUGUUCUGAGACUGUUAUCGCCUUUAUGGGAAUCCUCAAAGCAAACCUUGCAUAUUUACCGCUGGACACGAAGACUCCAGAUUACCGGAUGAAGGCCAUUAUAUCUUGUAUUAUGGGCAGAAAGAUAAUUCUCCUGGGUCCUGAAACGGAAGCGCCUGCUGACCCGGGUGAGAUCGAAUAUGUACGCAUUUCCCAAGUCCUUGAUGGUGCGAGUAAGAACAACGACAUCUCAAGCGAACCAAUUGGUCAUAUUUCACCCUCCGCUACAAGUCUUGCUCAUGUCUUGUUUACUUCUGGCUCGACAGGCCAGCCAAAGGGCGUCAUGAUAAAUCACCGCGGCAUUGUACGGCUCGUUAAGCAAAGUGGUAUUAUGACAUAUGUUCCUCCAGGCGGCGUUACAGCUCAUAUCUCGAACAUAGCUUUCGACGCUGCGACUUGGGAGAUUUAUAGUGCGAUCUUAAAUGGUGGUAAACUGGUCUGCAUCGACGAGAUGACAGUACUGGACUACGCUUCCAUGAGUGAGAUCUGUAUUCGUGAGAACGUUCAGACUGCACUAUUCACGACGGCAGUUUUCAAGGAGUAUGCUCGAAAUGCUCCAGAACUAAUGGCCUCUCUAAGCGCUGUUUUUGUUGGCGGUGAACGCCUUGAUCCCAACGACCUUCCUCCCUCAUUGCGAGCAAUAGCUGGAAAGAUCAUCCAUUUGUAUGGACCAACGGAAAACACGACGGUCAGUACAAUGUACUGCUUGCAACGAGCAGAGUAUUGUAGUAAUGGCGUGCCUAUUGGGCGUGCCGUCAGCAACUCUGGCGCAGUUGUCAUGGAUUCAAAGCAGUGUCUGGUCCCGUUAGGAGUCAUUGGGGAGCUAGUUGUAUUCGGCGACGGUCUUGCUAGAGGAUAUCUAAACCCUCAGCUAGACGAGGGACGCUUUGUAUUGAUCCAAAUUGGCGAUGAAUCUGUCCGAGGCUAUCGAACAGGCGACCAUGUGCGCCAACGCCUAGAUGGGCAAUUGGAAUUCUUAGGGCGCAUAGAUGGACAGGUCAAAAUAAGAGGACAGCGUGUUGAGCUUGGAGAAGUUGAAUGCGCCCUACGGAGCCAUAAGCUUGUUCAUGACGCUAUUGCUGUUCUUCACUAUGGCGAUACAGAUGGGAACUCGGACGACGCUCGCAUCGCCGGAUUUGUCACAACUAGCGCAGAGCUUGAGGAUGAAGCUCAGAAUGGUGACGAAUCUCAGAUUGUUUCCAUGUGGAAAGAUCGAUAUGAUGCUGACUCGUAUACCGGAUUCAAUGACAUUCGACCGGAGGCUUACGGAAGAGAUUUUACUGGUUGGACAUCUAUGUUUGACGGAAAAGACAUAGAUAAGGCUGAGAUGAAUGAGUGGCUUGACGAUACGAUAGCCACGAUCCUCAGUGGCGGGCCUCCGGGCCAUGUGCUUGAGGUUGGUUCUGGAUCUGGCAUGAUUCUUCUUAAUAUUCUCGACGGUCUGCAGAGUUAUGUGGGACUCGACCCCUCCGAACGAGCCAACAAUCUCAUUGGAAAAAUGUCGAAAUCGUUGCCCGAGCUAAACAACAAGGUGACUAUGUAUAAGGCCACAGCUGCAGAUGUUUGCCGGUUGGAAAAAGCUGCUGCCCCGCCUGAUCUAGUCAUUUUGAACUCUGUGGCCCAGCAUUUCCCCAGUCAGGAGUAUCUAUACCAAUUUGUCGAAGAUUUGCUUCAAUUGGGUACGGAAAUGACUCUAUUCUUCGGUGAUAUUCGGUCUUAUGCAUUGCAUAAAGACUUUCUCGCUGCCCGCGCGCUGAGAAUGGCCGGAGACGAGGUCAAGUUAGACACCAUUCGCCGAAUGGUGGCAGAUAUGGAGAGAAUAGAGUCGGAGCUACUCGUCGACCCGGCGUUUUUCACAGGCCUGGUGUCACGAUUACCAGAUCGUAUUGAGCACGUCGAGAUCAUACCCAAGAAAAUGAGGGCGACUAACGAAUUAAGCUGCUAUCGAUAUACUGCAGUUGUGCAUGUGAAAGCUGGUGGGCACCAAGCUUCUGCUACUGCAAUCAAGAAGCAAAUUCGACAUAUCCCUCAAAGUGACUGGAUAGAUUUCGUGGAACGAGGUCUAGAUCGAGGUUCACUCUUACACUUGAUUCGGGCAUCAUUAGACUCAUCUACCUCUGCGCUAGCCAUCAGCAACAUCCCUUAUACGAAGACCAUACUCGAGAGACACAUGGUUGAAUCAAUCAGGACCGAGAAAAGCAAUGACUUUGUUGGAAAUUGGGUCUCUCACAUGCGCCAAAGAGCCGAGAGCUGCGCUCAUCUUUCAGUCACUGAUCUGCACGCUCUUGCUGAGGAAGCGGGUUAUUCUGUCGAGAUUAGCUGGGCCCGACAGUACUCCCAACGAGGCGGACUGGAUGCAGUCUUCCAUCAAUAUGCAUCAGACAAGAGAAAAGGAAGAAUCUUAUUCGACUUCCCCACUGAUUAUCAGAAUCGUCCUUAUGCGUCGCUCAGCAGUCACCCUCUGAAACAUCAAAUUAGACAGAAGACACAAGAGCAGCUCUACGAGUUGGCGAAGACACAGCUGCCUCAAUACAUGAUACCUCAGAGCAUAACAAUUCUGGACAGUAUGCCGGUCAAUGAGAACGGUAAAAUUGACCGCCGAGCUUUGGUAAAUAUGAUUGAGUCUCGAAUAACGGAGAGGGCGUCAAUACAGCAACCUACAUCAGAAGUUGGACGACAGAUGCAGAUGAUUUGGGCCAAUAUUCUUCAUAUGGAGCCAGAAACAAUUGGUAUCAAUGAUAGCUUUUUCAAUCUUGGAGGGAACUCGAUUUCCGCGAUGAAGGUUGUUGCUGCAACUCGAAAAAUUGGAUGGAAGCUCUCAGUGGCUGAUAUCUUCCGAAGCCCAACUCUAUCUGAUGUGUCAAUGGUGGCGUGCAUGUCUACAUCAAUCACAACCAGAAUCCCAUCAAUUCCCAAAAAAGGGUUCGUCCAGCAAUCUUAUGCACAGGAACGCCUUUGGUUUCUGGAGCAGCUCUAUCCUGGCUUAGCAUGGCAUCUAGUUCCAUGUGCAGUCCAUUUUAGAGGGCCGCUUCAACUAGAUGCUCUAGCUUCUGCCCUUCUUGCCCUUGAGCAGCGACAUGAAACCUUGCGGACAACAUUUGAUACGAUCGAGGGCGAGAAUGUUCAAAAAGUACAUCCAUUCAUACCAAAUAAACUUCGGAUUCAAAAUAUUACGGCUGAUAAGCCGAACAGCCUCGCGGAAGCGUUGCAUAAGGAGCACACGACUCCGUUUGAUCUGCGCAAAGACCCCGGCUGGCGGGUAUCUGUUUUUAAAAUGGGCGACGAACAUCAUGUGCUAUCUAUUGUCAUGCACCACAUCAUAUGUGAUGGGUGGUCUCUUGAUGUUUUGCGUAAAGAGCUGGCCAUUCUGUAUAGUGCUGCUCUUCACGGGAAGGACCCUCUCUCAGCCAUUGAACCACUGGCUGUGCAGUAUAGUGAUCAUGCUCUUUGGCAGAGACAACAAGAUCAAAUUGAUGAGCACAACCGUCAGCUCGAGUAUUGGGUAACGCAGCUUGAAACAAGUCGACCUGCAGAAUUACUCUGCGAUAAGCUCAGGCCAUCUACUAUAUCAGGCAGGGCAGGUCUGCACGAAUUAAGAAUCGAAGGGACAAUCUACAAGAAUCUCCAAGAAUUCUGCAGGAAAUACCAAGUAACACCAUUCAUGGUCCUUUUUGCGGUUUUCCGGGCCGCUCAUUACCGGCUCACGGGUGUUGAAGAUGCUACAAUAGGAACGGCCAACGCAUGUCGUGACCAUUGGGAGCUAAAAGACAUGAUUGGCCUCUUUGUUAAUAUGCAGUGUAUAAGAACAAAGGUCGAAAAUACCACAACACUCGAGGGCCUAAUUAGAGAGGUUCAGGCCAUGGUUACUGCGUCCUUUGCUCACCAGGAUGUCCCAUUCGAGAGCAUUGUGUCAGCGCUAAGGAAAGAAAGGGACCUCUCCCGCAGUCCACUCGUCCAAAUUGUGUUCGCUUUACACUCGCAGCUAAAUCUUGCAGAGUUUGCUUUAGAAGACAUCGAAACUGAACUGAUGACACCUCCAAUGGGUUCAAGAUUUGAUCUUGAGUUUCACCUUUAUCAGGAGAAACAUGGCUUGAAAGGACAAAUCAUGUUCUCAACUGAUCUUUUCAACCUCAAUACGAUUGACAACCUAACGUCAGUCUUCCUCCGAAUUCUGAAACAGGGACUCGCCAGCCCGAGUGCCGCGAUCGAAUCGCUACCUUUGAUGACAAAAGAAGAGUAUGCGAAGCUCAAUUCUAUGAAGCUCCUAGAGAUGGAAACAACGGAUUAUCCUCGGAAUUACAGUAUAAUUGAGGUCUUUCAGCAGCAGGUUUCUGCCACCCCGGACAAGGUGGCAGUGAGAGAUGGCCCUACCAGUCUUACAUACUCUCAGCUUGAUGACAAGUCAAAUCGCCUGGCCCAAUGGCUGCAUAAGCGCUCAUUUGCUUCGGAAUCGCUUGUUGGUGUUCUUGCUUCUAGAUCUCAUCUCACAAUUAUCGCCUACCUGGGAGUGCUCAAGGCCUGCUUAGCUUAUCUUCCCUUGGACCCAACAAGCCCUCUUGGUCGAACUGAGGCCAUUCUCUCGUCAGUCAAAGAUUGCAAGCUAAUUUUAGUUGGACCCGAUGCUGAGAAUCAUGCGAAGCUGCUGGAUAGUGUUGAUUCAGAAAGUAUCACAAGCAUUCUCGAAUGUCCCGCCGACUCUAACGGAUGCAUACUAAAGCCGCUCAAUAACAUCUUUCCUUCACCAAAUAACCUUGCAUAUGUCAUGUUUACUUCGGGCUCCACGGGCCGGCCCAAGGGUGUCAUGAUUCAGCAUCGCGGUAUUCUUCGACUAGUUGAAAACAAGAAAAUGGUCCAGAAUAUGUCAGGUGCCGUAAAUACGGCGCAUAUAGGGAAUGUGACAUUCGAUGCGUCGACGUGGGAAAUUUAUCCCACGCUGCUAAACGGUGGCACCCUAAUAUGCUUUAGUUCUAUGGAAUUGCUGGACUAUAAAACGCUGCCAAAAGCCUUUGCCGAUGAGAGCGUACAAGCGAUGUUCAUUACGCCCGCUUUACUGCGGCAGUAUCUGGUUCACUGCCCAGAUCUAUUUCGCAGAAUUCAUAUUCUCUAUAUUGGCGGAGAUCGGCUUGACCCGGAAGAUGCAUUUGCUACGCUGAGAGUAACCACAGGCAAAGUUAUAAACGCCUAUGGACCAACUGAGAAUACUUGUAUUAGCACAUACUUCCACGUUUCCAGCCCUAAUCCAGAGAAUUGCGUGAAUGGAGUACCUAUUGGUCGUGUGUUCCCGAAUUCUGGAGCUUUCGUAAUGGACUCGCGCCAACAACUGGUUCCUCUCGGUGUUGUUGGAGAGCUUGUUGUCACCGGUGAUGGUCUUGCAGGGGGAUAUACUGAUCCAAAUUAUGAUCUGAACCGGUUCAUCUCGAUUACAAUUGCUGGAAACGAGACGAGAGCCUAUAGGACGGGAGAUUACGUACGAUACCGUCCAGAAGACGGGCAAUUGGAAUUCUUCGGCCGAAUGGACAAUCAGAUCAAGAUUCGGGGCCAGCGCCUCGAGCUUGGUGAAAUUGAGCAUGGCAUGCUCAGCCACAAUGCUGUCAAUGAAGCUGCUGUAGUAAUUCGACAAAGUGGUGAAGCUAGCCAAGAAGCAACAAUUGAUGGCUUCAUUACCCUUUUUGAACAUGACCAUGCUCUAGAUGUAUUGCUAAAUGAUGAGCAAGAAUAUCAACAAAUCCAAGUUUCUGAUGUGAAAUCCAACAUUCAGGCCCAUGGCUCUUUCGAUGAGGUCCAACAGGAAGCUGUUGGCCAAGAUGUUUUAGGAUGGACUUCAAUGCUCGAUGGGGGUAAGAUUGACAAGAAUGAGCUGAACGAAUGGCUAGACGACACGAUGCAUACCAUGCUAAAUGGCGACUCGCCUAAAGAGGUUCUAGAGAUUGGAACGGGCUCUGGCAUGAUACUAAUUAACCUACCAAGCAGCCUUCAAAAAUAUGUUGGCCUGGAGCCUUCGGAACGAAACAUUGAGGUUAUUAAAAAGCUGGUCGAAUCAAACCCGUCCUUGAACAGUAAGAUUCAGAUGUACCAAGCCACUGCUAAGGACCUUAAUCAGUUACACCUCUUAAUAUCGCCCGAUCUGGUGAUUUUGAACUCAAUUGUUCAAUAUUUUCCAAGUCAAGACUAUCUAUUCCGAGUCAUAGAAGACCUGGUCAAGUUAGACGGGAAAGCCAAAACAUUAUUCUUUGGGGAUGUCCGCUCCUACGCACUGCACAGAGAAUUCCUAGCGGCUAGAGCUUUGCAAAUUUCGUCAAAGUAUGCGAAUGUGUCUCUGGAGGACUUUCAACACAUUAUGGAUGACUUGGAGCGCGCAGAGUCAGAGCUGCUUAUUGAUCCUGGGUUUUUCACCGGGUUAAGAGACCAUCUGCCUGAUCAUAUUGAACACGUCGAAAUUAUUCCAAAGAUGAUGAGCGCUACCAAUGAGCUUAGUAGCUACCGAUACACUGCAAUUGUGCAUGUCCAGGCACAGCACCCACCAUCCACGGCGAACUCGCAGCAUAUUCAUGAGAUUGAGAAAGAUGACUGGAUUAAUUUCGAGGAACAAGGACUCAAUUAUCACACUCUAGUUCAAAUGUUGAAUAAUCCAUCAAAUGCAAAUGGGAUAGUUGCUGUCAGCAAUAUCUCCAAUGCGAAGAUGAUUUUGGAAAGAAGUAUAGUCGAUGAGUUCAAUGCCAGGAAUGCUGCUUUUGAUAGCACAGAUUGGCUUGCGACUGCAAGACAAAAAGCCGAAAAUUAUGCAUCUCUAGCUACAAUUGAUAUAAUGACCUUGGCAGAAGAAACAGGUUACCAUGUCGAGAUAAGUUGGGCUCGACAAUUUUCGCAACGAGGAGGUUUUGAUGCUGUUUUUCAUCGCCACCAGAAGAUCGAUGGAUCAAGAACGCUGUUUAAUUUCCCCACUGACCAUUCAAACCGAUUACCCCAUACACUGAGCAGUCACCCAUUACGACAAAAAUUGAGACUGCAGGCCCAAGAGCAGGUUCUUGAAAUGCUUCGUCUUCAGUUGCCAUCCUACAUGGUGCCCCGCACAAUCACCGUGCUAGACAAGAUGCCCAUCAACAGCAGCGGCAAACUCGAUCGCCAAGCACUUGCUAAGCAACGUGUUAAUGGGAAAUUGAGGCGACCAGUAGAACAGCAGCCAACAACGGAGGUACAACGACAACUUCAGUCAAUAUGGGCCAAAGUUCUGGUUAUUGACCCGUCAACCGUGGGACUGGAUGACAACUUCUUCCAUUUAGGUGGAAGUUCUAUUGCUGCGAUGAGGGUUGCCGCUGAAAUUCGAAAGGCUGGCUACCAUGUUACUGUGGCUGACAUUUUCCGUCAUCCAGCACUACGCGAUCUCUCCAGUCAAACUCACCCAAUGGCGACCAAUGUCACCGAAGAAUUUGCACCCUUCUCCCUCUUAGGCGAUGGAUUUAAUAAGAUGGAAUUCUUGCAAGAGCUUUCGAAUCUCUAUGGCAUAGAUCCCGCACUUGUCUGCGACGCAUACCCAUCUACGUCUUUGCAGGAGGGCCUCCUGUCCCUCACCUCAAAGCAAAAUACAGAUUAUGUGUUGAGAGCAGUGUUCAAGCUAUCAUCAUCAAUUGAUGCACAGAAACUGCGAAACGCAUGGGAAACAAUAUUUUAUUCCCUACCCAUCUUACGCACUAGGAUUAUCCAACAUCGCACACUCGGUACCGUCCAGAUUGUCAUGCAUGAAAAGAUUCAAUGGGAUAGCGCAUCCAACAUAGAUGAAUAUCUCAAGACGGAUAGUAAACUGCAAAUGGGACCUGGUCAACCACUUACACGGUAUGCAUUUAUUCAAGAUAAUUCAGGAUUGGACAGGUGGCUUGUGUGGACGGUUCAUCAUUCUCUCUAUGACGGGUGGUCACUGCCGCUCAUCCUGGAUUCGGUCAGAAAAGCCUACCAAGGCAGCGAGAUAAAUCCAGGACCACAGUAUCAGGCAUUCAUUAAGUAUAUCAAGAAUCAAGACGAUAUUCAGGCUACCCGAUACUGGAAGGAGAUGUUGGAUGGCAGUGGAUGCGUCUCCUUCCCAACACUACCCCCUUCUAUAGACCAACCUACAGCUGACGGAUCUGUCACUCACUGCAUUUCACAGCCAGGACAAAGACGCUCUGGUAUAACAAAGGCUAACUUGGUUCGCGCCUCAUGGGCUCUCGUGGUUGGAAGAAUGACCGCUGCAGAAGAAGUUACCUUUGGUGCUACAGUAUCUGGGAGGAAUGCACCAGUAGACGAUAUUGACUUGAUGAUGGCGCCGACUUUUGCAACAGUCCCAGUGCGAAUUAAGCUGGCUCAAGCUCACAGUGUGGGCGAUUAUUUAACAAUGGUGCAGGAACAGGCAACAGAGAUGAUUCCGUAUGAACAAAUGGGAUUACAACGAAUUGCUUCCGUGUCUCCAGAGGCAAAAAACGCUUGCCGAUUCCAAACGCUCCUCGUCGUCCAAUCACAGCACGCUGACGAUAUAAGCAUGCAAGAUGGAAUUGAGUUGGACCAAGACUACACACAAGGACGGCCAGCCGAUACCUACGGCUUAGUUCUUGAGAUAAAUAUCAUGGAGCACAUUAUUAAAGUUUCCGCAACAUUCGAUUCCAGGAUGAUCGAACCCUGGAUGGUGAAGAAGUUACUGGAACGGCUGGACAAUGUUAUCAACCAGCUGGACCAAGCAAGCCCAGAGCAGCCACUAUCGCAAGUCGUAAUAAUGACAUCUCAAGACAUCAGUCAAAUUUGGGAGUGGAACCGCAAUGUCCCUUUGCCGAUAAACCAAUGUCCACACGAGCUAAUUGAGGAGCGAUCAAAAACCCAUCCUGCUUCUAUGGCUGUUUGCGCCUGGGAUGGAGAACUCACUUAUGGGGAACUCAUGCGCCUUGCUGAUCACCUUGCUCAGUAUCUGACGUCACUGCAGCCAAAUAACGGAACCAUCAUUCCUAUCUGCUUUGAGAAAUCCAUGUGGACGAUAGUUGCGAUAUUUGCAGUUCUAAAAUCUGGUGCAGGCUUCGUCCUCCUUGACCCAUCGCUCCCAGAACAACGACGACGGGUAAUCAUUCAACAAGUUGAGGCAAACAUUAUUUUAUGUUCAGCUGCUCAAAAGGCAUCAUAUGUAGGCCUUGUACCUAAAAUUAUCACUAUCACACCACAAUUUUUUGCAAUGCACUCGCCGAUCCAAUCGCCGGUCCACCGCUGCAAUCCCACUUCACCAAUGUACGUUAUAUUCACAUCAGGAAGUACUGGAACACCAAAAGGCGUUGUUGUUACUCAUGGUAACUAUGCUACGGCACUUGAACAUCAAAAAUCGGACUAUGGGAUCACAGAGAACUCAAGGUUUUUUAAUAUUUCAUCUUACAGUUUUGAUAUGUCGAUUGAGGGCAUUUUCCGACCUUUAUAUGUUGGCGGGUGUGUAUGCGUGCCGAAUGAGCAAGAAAUGAGAACCGACUUGGUUAAGAGCAUGAAUAAUCUGAAGAUAAAUUCGAUGAUAACUAUACCUUCGGUACUUCGAUUGCUAUCCCCAAGCCAAGUACCCAGUCUACGGACCAUACUGAUAGGAGGAGAAGCUGUCUAUCGCCAGGAUGUUGAGCAAUGGUGGGGGAACUCGCAGAUUAUCAACUUAUAUGGACCCAGCGAAUGUACCCCUGUAACCGUUGUUAAUAAUUCGCCUGCAAGCCCUGAAGCGGCUUGCAAUAUCGGAACAGGGGUUGGCUCAGUGACUUGGGUCGUGGAUCAAGAUGACCACAACAUUCUGGUGGCUCCAGGAUGUGUAGGUGAGCUUGUUAUAGAAGGCCCACUAGUUGGUCCUGGAUACCUCAACAAUCCGGAGAAAACCGCGACAGCAUUCAUCAAAGACCCUCUAUGGCUUUUGAGAGGUGCUCAGGGCCAGACAGGAAGGUCUGGUCAAGUUUAUAAGACAGGCGACUUGGUUAGCUACAACAUUGAUGGCAGCUUGAGAUACGUCGCCCGGAAAGACCUUCAGAGAAAGAUCCGUGGCCAGCGCAUAGAAAUCGGCGAAAUAGAGCAUCAGCUGGAGAGCCUGUUGAUUCACGAUGGUCAAAUAGUUGCCGAUAUCAUCGAGCCACAAGGUGGCAAUUCGAACCAACUGCUCGCAGUGUUCAUCAAAAGGACAAAUGCCCCGGGCCCAAAUCGGGGUAGCUUACAGGAUGCUGGGGUAUCCGUAUCAGCAAUGCCAUCAUAUGUAACCCGUAAGCUCUCCGAGCGUUUACCUCAUUACAUGGUGCCCACGGUACUCUUCACUUUACAGGAUAUGCCCAGGAGCAUAUCAGGAAAGAUUGAUCGUCAACAGAUUCAUCGAAUAGGUGCCUCAUUUACAACUCAACAACUGGCAGAAAUGCAAACAGCGAUGAACGGGCCGAAGAAACCUGCGAGAUCGCAAAAGGAGCGGCAGAUUCAAGAAAUUUGGGCAAGCAUACUGGAGAUCGAUCCAGAAUCGAUUGGCCUUGAUGAUAGUUUUGUUCAUUUGGGAGGGAAUUCCAUCAUUGCUAUGAAGAUUUCUGCAGAAGCUCGUAAAUAUGGAAUCCGACUUGGUGUUGCCGAUAUAUUUGGUCGUCAAACGUUGCGCGACAUAGCUGAACAGGCUUAUGUAUUAGAAAGUUGCGAGGACGCGAUUCCAUGUUUGCAGCAGUCUGGGCCUGUGGAACAAUCGUUCGCCCAAGAACGCCUAUGGUUCUUGGACCAACUGCACUCCAAUCUACAAUGGUAUAUGAUGCCUUUGGCGUUUCGUUUACGAGGACCACUCCAGUACAAUGCUUUGAAAGCUGCUCUUCAGGCAAUUGAGCAGCGUCAUGACACUCUGCGAACCACGUUCGAAUCAAAAGACGGCAUCAACAUGCAGCUAGUCCACGCUUUCCAGCCCCGUGAGCUGAAAGUGACGGAGAUACCAUCUUCGAAUCAAUCACAUUCUAUCCGGCUGCUUGAGCUGGAACAAACCAGACCAUUCGAUCUUGGGACUGAGCCUGGCUGGAGGGUAACACUUUUCAGGCUCUCGGAUAAUGACCAUAUCUUGUCAAUCAUCAUGCACCAUAUAGUUUCUGACGGUUGGUCAGUUGACAUAUUACAGAAAGAAUUGGCAGUAUUCUAUUCUGCAGCUCUUAGAGGUGACGAAGAUCCGACCUCUUUGGUUGAUCCACUACCCAUUCAAUACGCCGACUAUUCAAUUUGGCAGAGGCAACAAGGCCAAGUCGAUAAUCACUUGCAUCAACUUAACUUUUGGACUGAACAUUUACAGUCAAGUAAUCCCGCUGAACUGCUCUGUGAUAAACCAAGGCCACCAUCUCUUUCGGGAGCAGCCGAUAUUUACCAUCUUAGAAUCGACGGAGCUCUUUAUCAUGAUCUUCAGAUUUUUUCUAAGCUCCAUGGCGUAACUCCAUUCGCAGUAUUGUUAGCAGCAUUCAGAAUUACCCAUUAUCGCCUAACAGGUGCUACGGAUGCUACUAUUGGAAUUCCCAACGCAAAUCGAGACCGUUGGGAAUUAAGAAAUCUAAUCGGAUUUUUUGUCAACAUGCAAUGCAUUCGAACUGUUGUAAACGAACAAUCUUUUGAAACAUUUAUCGGGCAAGUUCAUGAUGAGAUGUUGCUAUCUUUUGCGAACCAAGACGUCCCGUUUGAAAGGGUCGUGGCAAGCCUAGAAAAGGAUAGAGAUUUGUCCCGCCACCCUCUGGUGCAGAUUGUUUUUGCCCUUCAUUCACAGCGAGACCUUGGAAAGCUCAAACUUGAAUCUAUUGAUGCGGAGCCUAUCAACCCGUCAACCACCUCCCGAUUUGAUCUCGAGUUCCAUUUCUUUCAGGAAGACGAAGCUCUGCAAGGCGAAGUAAUUUUCUCAACAGAUCUGUAUAACAACGACACAAUCAGCAACAUGACGGCCAUCUUCCGCACCACUCUAGAGCUUGGAAUUACCUAUCCUACCAUGGCAAUCGAUUCCUUGCCAUUACUCAGAGACGACGAUUUAUUCACGAUGCGGCAAUUAGGGUUAUCUCAAAUCCAACGGACGGACUACCAGAGGGACUCCAGCAUUAUUGAUGUCUUUAGUCAACAGGUAAUUAAGCAAGCGAACAAAGUGGCUGUUAAAGAUUCAACUAGCCAAAUGACGUAUACUGAAUUGGAUGAGAAAUCAACCAUGCUGGCAAACUGGUUGGCACGUCGGGCGCUGGCUCCAGAGACAUUGAUCGGAGUACUUGCCAAUCGAUCAUGUCUUACGAUCGUGGCAUUUUUAGCAAUAAUCAGAGCUAAUCUCGCUUAUCUGCCUCUAGAUACAAGAACCCCAGCCGGCCGUAUGGAGACAAUCUUGUCCUCUAUUUCAGGUCGGAGACUUGUCUUACUCGGGCCUGGAGUGGCACGCCCGACCUUAUCCCUCCCCAGUGCUGAAAUUGAAUUCGCCUCGAUUGAAGAGAUUAUAGGCAAACCGACUAUGAAUCUGGGAAAGAAUCUCACGUUAUCGAGCCUACCGAAUGCAAAGAGUCUGGCAUAUGUCAUGUUCACUUCUGGAUCAACCGGCAUGCCGAAAGGAGUGAUGAUUGAACAUCGAAACAUCCUCCGGACUGCAGAAAUAAGCACCACAAUGCAGCACCUUUUGCCUGAACUAGUUAUAGCGCACGCAUCAAACAUCGCAUUCGAUGCUUCGACCUGGGAGAUAUAUACUGCUCUGCUAAAUGGUGGGACAUUGAUUUGCCUUAGUCACACCACCUGGUUAGAUUACCGCAUUUUGAGAACAGCCAUUGAAGAGGAGCAUAUCCAAGCUUUAUUUAUCACACCAGCACUACUUAAGCAGCAUCUUCUUCACCGUCCACUCCCCAUUGGCGGAGUAGAGGUGCUCUAUGUCGGAGGAGAUCGUCUUGAUCCUCACGAUAUUGCAAUUGUAAGGGACCUGACGAAAACUAAAAUUAUAAAUGUAUAUGGCCCGACCGAGAACACCAGUUACAGCACGCUAUACGAGAUCACGGAUCAAGAACCUAUGACAAAUGGUAUCCCCAUCGGUCGCCCAUUGAGAAACUCUGGUGCCUAUGUAGUUGAUUCGCAGCAACGAUUGGUACCUCUUGGGGUUGUUGGCGAGCUUCUAGUAACGGGCGAUGGCCUCGCUAGAGGUUAUGUGGAUUCAAGACAAAAUUCAGGCCGGUUCGUUUCUUUUAAAGUAAAUGGGGAAGUAACCAGAGGCUAUCUCACAGGCGACUAUGCCCGAUAUCGCAGUGAUGGGCAGCUGGAAUACGUUGGCAGAAAGGAUGGACAGGUCAAGAUUAGAGGCCAGCGGGUGGAAUUAGGAGAGAUUGAACAUGCAAUGAAAAACCACAAAUCUGUUCGUGACGCAGUUGCAAUUAUAGUGCAACAAGAUGGCGAUACAAACGAACCACAAAUUGCCGGAUAUGUCACCCUUCACGAUGAUAAUAACGAGAAAUCGGUGGACGAUGAGCAGGAAUAUGAGCAAGUCAAAGAGUGGGAAGACCGUUUUGACAUCGAAACAUAUUGCUCUCUCGACAAUCUCCACCCUGAACAGCUCGGAAGAGACUUUGUAGGAUGGACAUCCAUGUACGAUGGUGAGAACAUUGACAAGGGUGAUAUGAAUGAGUGGUUGGAUGACACUAUUGAGGCGAUACUUGGAAGUAAUCCCGCCGAGCAUGUCUUGGAAAUAGGGUCAGGCUCUGGAAUGAUUAUGUUCAACCUGAAGGACGCAUUGAAAUCAUACGUCGGCCUUGACCCAUCAGAGCGCGCUGUCAAUUUAAUAUCCAGAAACCUCAAAAUUCUCCCCGCUCUCAAGGAGAAGACAAAGAUAUAUAAGGCAACCGCCACGGAUUUGAAUCGGCUAGAAGCAAUCACAUCAUCAGAAUUUGCUGUGCUGAAUUCUGUUGUGCAGUAUUUCCCUAGUCAGGAUUACUUGUUUAGAGUCAUUCAGGACCUUGUUAAUCUUGGUGGCAUCAAGACUAUUUUUCUCGGCGACAUCCGCUCUUACGCACUUCACAAAGACUUUUUGACCUCGAGAGCAUUACACUUAUUGGGCGAUCAUGCGACAGCUGGAGAAGUGACACGGGUUAUUUCCGACAUGGAGCGAGCAGAAUCGGAGUUACUUGUUGAUCCCUCUUUUUUCACCAGCUUGCCAAGCCGAAUACCCAGCAUAAAACAUGUUGAGAUUUUACCAAAGAGAAUGCACGCAACUAAUGAGCUCAGUUGCUAUCGUUACGCUGCCGUUAUCCAUCUUGUUUUGGAGAGUGAGCGAGAAGUUGUUGUGAUCGAAGGUGACAAAUGGAUAGACUUCGAAGAGCAGGGCUUGAAUGCCGAGGCAUUAAAAAAACUGUUACAGAAUCCUUUGGCUCCAUCUAUCGUGCCAGUAGGCAACAUUCCCAACGCAAAGACAAUUCUUGAGCGGCAUAUCGUUGCAUCGUUAUCCGAUCAAAACCGGAACGAAACAAGCUCAUGGCUAUCUACAGCUCGUAAAACGGCAGCAGCCUGUUCCUCACUAUCUGCGAUCGACUUGGAUUUAAUUGCUCACGACUCGGGAUAUCAAGUUGAAAUCAGUUGGGCUCGCCAACAUUCCCAGCGCGGAGGACUUGAUGCUGUGUUCCACCGUAGCAAGUCUGCCGAAAGCAAAGCCAAAAGCAAGCCCCGAAGACUCUUCCAAUUCCCAACUAAUCAUCUUAACCGGUCUUACCACACUUUCACUAGCCAUCCUUUACAACAUCACCUCCGGCAAAAGAUCCAACAUGAGAUCAAAGACAUCGUGCAAUCCCACUUGCCACAGUAUAUGGUACCUCAUUUCAUUGCAGUGAUAGAUCAGAUACCCAUAAAUGAGAAUGGCAAAGUCGACCGCCGAUGUCUUGUACAAAGUAUGCCGAUACAAAAACCACGAGCUAUAGUACAGCCUACCACGGACAACGAAAGGGAAAUGCAACGGAUAUGGGCAGACGUGUUAAAUAUAGCGCCGGAAAGUAUUGGAAUUAAUGACAGCUUCUUCUACCAAGGAGGAAGCUCGAUAGCCGCAAUGAAAGUUGUUGCUGCGGCCCACAGAGCUGGAUAUGAGCUUGCCGUCGCAGACAUCUUCCGCACCCCGAAGCUCGGAGAACUCGUCGCAUGUAGCUUUCAGCGAAUCAGCAAGGUCACUGAGAUAAUCCAGCCGUUUGAGUUGUUCAAGAAUGUGGAUAUAAACUCCCUUAUACGAGGUGUAUCAACUCAAUGUCAGCUACAACCCGCUAAAAUUAUCGAUGCGUAUCCAUGCACUCCGUUACAGGAGGGCCUUUUAGCCUUGACCUCAAAACGACAAGGUGACUAUGUUAUGCAAGCAGUCUUUGACAUUCAGCCUGGAGUAGCAGUUGAGAAACUGCGCCAGGCAUGGGAAACCGUCUUCAAAGCAUUGCCACUUCUGCGCACUCGAAUUGUUCAGCAUGUUGAUCUUGGUAUCAUACAGGCAGUAAUCGACGAAUCAAUUUCCUGGGUCGAGGCAACUGGCCUAGACGAGUAUCUCGAGGCCGUACAGAAGUUACCAAUGGGCAUUGGCCAGCCACUAACUGCCUUUGCCAUAGUCAGUAACACUACAGGAACGCCUUCAUGGCUAGUAUGUAGCAUGCACCAUGCUUUAUAUGAUGGAUGGUCUCUCUCUCUUAUCAUGGAUGCUGUGAGCAAAGUAUAUCUAGACGAGCAAAUAGACCAGGGGAGCCAAUUCCAAGCCUUCAUAAAGUUUAUCAAGGAACAAGAUGAGAACCAGACGAUGGAUUAUUGGAAGACGUCUCUAGAAGGCUACGAUAGUGUGCCAUUUCCAUCUCUGCCACCGUCAGUUACAGAGCCAAGGACGGAUACAUUCCUAGAAUACACUAUUCCUCAUCCGCAAUCGCAAUCAGACAUCACUCCGUCGAGUUUGAUCCGUGCCGCAUGGGCUUUAGUGGUUGGUAGGAUGACCAAUACGAAGGAUAUCGUUUUUGGGGCCACUGUUUCUGGCAGGAAUGCGCCUGUGUCUAACAUAGACAGAAUGGCUGCCCCGACUUUUGCAACCGUGCCCGUUCGUAUCAAGUAUUCUGCCACUCAGAAGAUUUCGGCAUACUUAUUGGCAGUGCAGCAACAAGCUACCGACAUGAUUCCAUUUGAACAAAUUGGAUUGCCUCGCAUAUCUCAUGCGUCUGAAGCGGCUAAGUUAGCAUGUGGGUUCCAAACAAUACUCGUUAUUCAACCAGAGGAAAUAAAUGACAUCCCGGACAUUUUGGGGAUGAACCGUCGGGAUGAUAGUUACAACACGCAGCUAUCAGAUCCCUAUGGCAUUAUACUUCAACUGCAGCUCAGCCAAAAGGGAAUUCUUGCUUCAGUAGGAUUCGAUUCGCGAGUCAUGGAGCCGUGGAUAGUCGACAAGCUGCUUGAGCAACUUCAAAGUGUUAUGCACCAGUUAGACUGUGCAAACUCCAACCAGACACUAUCGGAAGUUAAUUUGGCCACACCUGAAGAUCUGGAGCAGAUAUGGAAAUGGAAUGCAACGGUUCCAUCGCCAGUAGACCGGUGCGUUCAAGACGCUAUCGAGGACAGGAUCAUCCAAUCGCCUGCCGCAGAAGCCAUUUGUGCUUGGGAUGGCACCUUGACUUAUGGAGAGUUAUCUCGUCUCUCUACAGAGUUAGCGGUACAUCUCAUAAGCCUCGAGGUUGGCCCGAAUAUGACGAUUCCGCUCUUAUUUGAGAAAUCUAUGUGGACUACCGUGGCAAUACUUGCCGUGUUAAAGACUGGCGCUGCAUUUACUCUUUUAGACCAAGCCCACCCAUUGGAGCGCCUCCGAGCAAUUAUCAGCAAGGUCACCGCGAAGUUGAUUCUGUCAUCGAAAGUGUUGCAGGGUCUAAGUUCUAAAUUAGCCAGCAGAACAAUCGCAAUCGACUCGGAAUUUUUCGCCAAUCUUCCCAAACAAUCUUAUACUCUACCACCGUCUCCGCCUCUUUCAUCUCCUAUGUACGUAGUUUUCACCUCGGGUAGCACUGGAACGCCAAAGGGCGUAAUAACAUCUCAUGGGGCGUUCUCAUCGGCAGUUCACUACCAGUCAAGUGCCAUGGGGUAUCACUCUUCUGUACGCGCCUACGACUUUUCUGGAUAUGCGUUUGACGCUUCGAUUGGGAUAACAUUCAUGACUCUCGCAUCUGGAGGGUGUUUGUGCGUGCCAUCAGAUGCAGACCGAAAAAACAAUCUCACAUCAUCUUUGGUGGCGACCAAGGCGAAUCACGUUGAUUUGACGCCCUCAGUAUCUCGCACGCUUCAACGGGAGCGUUUAGUCGAUCUCAAGGUCUUGGUUAUUGGCGGUGAGGCUGCUACUCAGGGUGAUUUCCAAGGGUGGCCUAAUGGGGUAUCUGUAAUAAAUGCAUACGGCCCAUCUGAAUGUACACCUACCAGCACCAUUCAGCACUGCUCUCGAGAUAAAACCAAUCCUUCAAACAUUGGCUUUGGUGUAGGAACAGUCACCUGGAUAACAGAUCCGGAUAAUUCACAAAGAUUGUCACCUAUUGGGGCCAUCGGUGAGCUUGUUCUCGAAGGUCCUCUAGUAGGCCUCGGUUACCUGGGAGAGCCGGAAAAGACUGAUUCGGUUUUCAUCAACAAUCCCACUUGGCUACUACAUGGUGCACCCGGUCACCAUGGACGGAAGGGGCGGUUGUAUAAGACAGGUGACCUGGUCCGAUAUAGCUCGGAUGGCAGCCUCGUAUUCAUAGGGCGCAAAGAUGCCCAAGUCAAGAUCCGUGGUCAACGAGUUGAACUUGGUGAGAUUGAGAACUGUUUGAGGGACUCCGUCCCAAAUCUGAAAGACGUCGUGGUUGAAGUAAUUCCACGAAAUGAUGGGGUCCCCUCGAAUGAUCGAUUGGUAGCCUUUCUCUCAUUCACUUUGCCUUGUGAUACAAGGGGAGAUGGAUAUGCCGACCGGCUUCCGAAAAAUUCUAAGUCAUCAUUUAAUGCCCGCUUAGUAGACUUGCCCGAGCAGGUAGAGGACGUGCUAUCAGCUAGCCUACCUGGCUACAUGAUUCCAACGGCUUACUUUGCCGUUGAUUGCAUCCCAACCACUCAUUCUGGCAAGACAGAUCGUCGUCUCCUGCGCGAGAUGGGAUCCAGCUUCACAGCAACACAGAUUGCCGAAUCAUUCAAAAUUAAUUCGGGACUUAGACGCGCCCCGCUUACGGAGAUUGAACGACUGUUACAUCAGAUUUGGGCGCAGGUUCUGGGUAUUGAGUCCCAAGUCAUAGGAGUAAACGAUAGCUUCUUCCGCCUUGGAGGUGACUCUAUUUUGGCAAUGAGAAUUUCGGCAAUAGCUCGUACUGAGGGAAUUAACAUCUCGACUGGCGAUAUCUUUGCCGAAAAAACUAUUGCUAAGCUUGCAGUGGCCGCUCGUGUGCAAGAAUCCAAAGAUGAAUCAUCAAUGUCACCCACGUUUUCGUCUCAGGAGGAUAUUCUCAACUUUUACAAUCGUCUUCCAUCACAUGUGGAGGUUUCCAGCCUCGAUUCUAUUGAAGACGUAUUACCAUGUACAGCUAUUCAAGAACGCAUGCUAGAGGCACGGGCAAAGAAUCCAAGACUUUAUGUGACCGAACUUGGCUUGGAGAUCAGGGCUAAGGGCAACAAUUCGGUUAGUUUCCAACGAAUUCAGCAAUCAUGGCAAACCGUUGUACGAAGACACAGUUUAUUGCGUGCCGUGUUCGUCCGUGGAUAUCCAGGCGGAUCAUUCCAGGUCGUUCUGAAGGACCCGAUUCCAGGUAUAUCCCUCCUGCGGCGAGAAUUUAGACGCUCGGCAUCAAACAAACAGUUUAUGGACGCCUCAUUCCAUGAAUCUGGUCUACAACACCAUCUGUCUGUCUAUCAGACCAACGAGACACGUACCUAUCUUCGUUUUGAGUUCAACCACGCUCUUGCAGAUGGCCAAGCCAUCGACAUCCUCGUCCGAGAUUUCCAGCUUGCAUACGAUAAUCGUCUCGAAUCUAACUGCCCACCUUAUUCAAGCUUCCUCAAGUAUACUAUGGCACAGUCUCACGAGCAGGGUCGUCACCACUGGUCAGGCUAUACGGAUGGCAUUGAGCCUUGCUUCUUGCCUGCCUCUACGCAAACCACAAACAACGCUCGAGGAACGUUUAGUAUUGAUGUUACAGGCCUAGACGCGCAAACGAUUACCAAAUUCUGUGCAGAACGAGAAGUCUCCAUAGCAAAUAUCCUACAAGUCGCUUGGGCCAUAGUUUUGAGGCACUGGACAGGAUCACGAGCUCCCUGCUUCGGUAACAUUGUCUCAGCGCGAGAUGCCCCGGUUGAUGGAGUUGACGAAAUGAUGGGACCUCUAUUCUAUCUGAUGCCAAGUCAAGUUCGGUUACAUGAUGAUCACACUAUUAUAGAUAUCUUGAGGAAUGCCCGUGAAGAGUUCGUGCAAAACGUGAGGCAUCAGGCUUACUCUGUGGCACAGCUUUGGCAGGACCUCAGAGCUCGUGGCUCUGACAACAUGUUCAACACGGCCUUGUCUAUUGCUAGACAUACUGAAGAGCUGCAAGAGACAUCUGAUGGGCAUUCACUUGACGUGAUAGAUAAUUCUGACCCAGUAGAGUACGCCGUCUACAUUAGAGGCGCACUCAGUGAUGAGUGUGUGUAUAUCUCUUUGGAGUUUUGGGAAGAGCAUACGUCCAGAGCAGAUGGUGGAAAGAUAGCAACUGAAUUGGGCAAAGCAGUUUCACUUGCUGUGUCACACCCCGAGUGGGAUAUAGGGAGUCUUAUGGGAGAGUUAUCUGCUGAGUGA